AAAUCCUUUGUUAUAUAUUUAAAGUAUACUAACCUUUAAACUAGUCUGGUGAAUGAAUCAUCAAAAAAAAAAGAGGAAAGGAAAUUUUCCUUUUUGUUUUCCAGAUUCCUUAGCUGCUGUAUAUAUAUUUAUAUCAGCAGACGAGACGACGAGAGAUACACAAAAGAUGUUCCCGUUCAAAACAAGAAGAACAUUGAAAAGACAUCGCGAAGAAUUGCUGCGUCUCCCAGAGGAUGUUGUAGAGCUGAUACUUGAGAGACUUCCGGUGAAAUCUCUGCUGAGAUUCAGGACCGUGUCCAAGAAGCUGAAAUCUGCAAUCGAUUCCCGACGUUUCCAGGAAAGACAACAGUUGAUCCAUAUGUCACGAGGUCCAGACAUCCUUUUCGUGUCCACUAAUGUUUAUGAUGAUGAUGGUCGUCUCGUCAAAAGAGUUAAUGAUUUAGAUGCUCGAAGAUUUGCGUUUGGAUCAUCAUCUGCUUAUACGGUCCAUGUGCCUACUAACUGGGGGGGCACUUCGGUCUGUCAUAGUAAUUGCGACGGUCUAUUAUGCCUCUACUCUAUCUACAACCCGAGUGUCUGCGUCGUGAUGAAUCCCGCCACUAGAUGGCGUCGAACUUUCCCUCUCUCCAACAUUCAAAACCUCUUACUCCACAGGUUGUACAAAGGCACCCCAACUCCUAAGCUUGGUUUCGGUAAAGACAAACUCACCGGCACUUACAAGCCUGUUUUUCUAACCAACUCAUCCGGUUUUGGCCUAGACAACGUCACCACUUGCGAAGUUUUCGAUUUUACCACUCAACUCUGGAGGUACGUUCACCCUGCUUCUCCCUUCACCACUAAUCCUCACACCGAUCCCGUUUAUUUAGAUGGCUCCCUUUACUGGCUCACCGAUUGUGAAGAAGAACCCAAGGUUUUGUCUUUUGAUCUUCACACUGAAACUUUUUAUGUCAUCUGUGAUGCUCCCUUUGCCCAUGUUCUUGACCCUUGGUCCGUCACCAUCUGCAUCCUCGACAAUCGCCUUUGCGUUUCCAAGAAAGCCUGGCCUACCCAAGACAUAUGGUCCUUCCAAUAUUCCAACAUGACAUGGACUAAAAUGUGUUCCAUUGAUCUCACCCAAACUUUUUCUUGGCUUGGGGAACCCGAGUGGUCUCUGGAACCUAUUGCAAUUCUUGACAAGCACAAGUUGCUACUUCAAGAUCGUGAUUACCGUGGCGCCAUCUUCAUACUUGAUCUCCUUACCAACUCUUAUCAUUUACUCGUCAAGCCUUCCUAUUCCCCUAUUUCCCUUUGUUAUUCUCAAUCUUUGUUUUCCGUUUAAUUUUAUUGUCUUGUUACCACCCCUUUGUAAUUUCACAUUUUAAAAAGUCUAUCUUCUAUGCUACUUUA